AUGAAAGAAGAUUCAACAAAAGAAAUCUACGAUUGUGACGUAAUACCAUCGUGGUUAAAUAAAGAAUUUCUAGAAAAUUCUCUUCGAAAAGGAUUAAAAUUAGAAAAUAAAAGGAAAAAUUUUAAAAUAAUAAACGCGUCCAUCGAGUCCGCGACGGGGAAGGGUGAAAAUUACGCGAGUCAAAUGUUUCGAUGUCGUCUCACGACGACAUACGAUGACGUCAACGAUGACGUCGCCGUACGUGAAAAUUUAAACAUCGUCGUGAAAUCCUUACCGGGGAGUGACGGAAAAGAACAUUUGGAAAAUUUCAUGUUUUUCGAAAAGGAAAUCAAAAUGCUCACGGAAACUCUACCCAUGAUGAACGACAUAUUGGUCAAAGGUUAUCCUCACGACACAAAAUUCGGAGCUCGUUGCUACUACCACGAUCAAACUCCAUCCAAUCAUUUUCUAAUAAUGGAAGAUUUAAAAGAAAAAAAUUUCAAAAACGCCGAUAGAAUCACAGGUCUCGACAUGAAUCACGUGGAAUUAGUUUUAAAAACUCUUGCGAAAUUUCACGUGGCAUCACUUUCACUUUCCCCAAACGUUUCUUCCACGAAAAUCUAUCGAAAUUCAUUUUAUUCUAAUAAGAAUAUAAAUUUCGUUAGGGAAUUCGUCGGUGCGCCUUUUGACGUUUUAUCAGAUGACGUCAUAAAUUGGACAAACGAAAAUGGCGAUGGCGGUGAAAAAACACGCGGAUAUUCGGAAAAAUUAAAAAAUUUAAAAAAAAACGUGGUAGAAGAUUUUUUAAAUUUACUCACGGAUGAUGAUGAUAAUUUCAAAUUAAAAGUACUCAAUCACGGUGAUCCCUGGGUCAAUAACAUCAUGUUUAAAUAUGAUGAUGAUGACGACACAACCGGAAGUGGAAAAAAACCCACCGAUAUCAUGUUUGUAGAUUUUCAAUUGGUUUCAUUCAAUUCUCCAAUGGUCGAUUUACAUUAUUUCAUAUUCACGAGCAUUCGUAACGAUCUGAAAUUCGAACGUAUCGAACAAUUUCUAAAAAUUUAUCACAAAUAUUUUUCGGAAGCAGUAGACAAAUUAAAAAUAAAAGAUCACGUGUCCUACGAUUACGUCACGAUGAAAAAAGAAUUCGAAAGUUUAUACCUUUGGGGUAUGGUUGCCAUUUGCGCCGUUUACCCUCACAUGUGCGUGGAAAAGGAAAAUGCUCUUACUCUGGAUGAAAUAUUAAAAGGAAACAAAGGAAAAUUAUUGACUUUGUAUAAAAACGAAUCGCUGAGAAAAACACUUUUACGUGCCUUUGAUUUUUUCCACGAAAAAGGUGUUUUUUAA